UGGAUAUCAUUGGAAAUCUGGAAAAGUGGCCAAUUUGAGUAAUAAGUCACAUAUGAUUUCACAAAAUAACGGUACUACUAUUAAGCUUUCUCCAGGAAAAGUGAAAUUAAAAUUACUGAAGCAGCAACUUCAAGAGCCAGUGAAACAACCCAUUAAUUACAAAAUGGCAAAUUUUUCUAGGAAUGAAAAAUCCAAGAAAAAAGGAAAGGUUUGUGGACAGUGUGAGAACAACGCUGCUCUACUAGUAUGCCUUGAAUGUGGUGAAGAUUAUUGUUCAGGCUGCUUUGCUCAAAUCCACCAGAAGGGGGCACUAAAACUCCACAGAACAACUCUUUUGCAGGCAAGAUCUCAAGUAUUAUCCAGAGUUUUGGACAUUGCCCAUGGAUUUAUAAAGGAGGUUAAUCCAGAUGAAACCACAGGAGGGAACAAUUCUAUGAAAGAGACCAGUGGCAUUCAACAUGUGCCCAAAGUUCUGUCUCCCAAAGGAAGCCACUCUGAGGUAGAAAUUACAACAGCAAAAAGAGCUGAAUGUACAAAGCCAGGAGAGAGGCUCUUGUGUGAAGGGUCAUUUGAUGAAGAAGCUUCUUCCCAGUCCUUUCAGGAAGAGUUAAGUCAAUGGAGAACUGAGAACUGUGAGGACCAGGAGAAAUGGAAUUUACGUUCAGCAAUACCAGACUCAUUGGAAGACUGUGAAGUACAAACUAAUUUGAAAAUUUGGAGAGAACCACUGAAUGUUGAAUUUAAAGAGGACAGCCUCUCCUACAUGGAAAAAUUAUGGCUUAAAAAACACAGAAGAACUCCACAGGAGCAACUUCUCAGCCUGCUACCAGAUACAUUCAUGCAUCCCUAUGAAACUAGUAGUGAGGCACAGUGUGUUCAGAAUAGAAAUGAUGAAGAUAGUGAUGUCGAGGAGACCAAAGUACAAUACCCAGCAUUUUUUCUGCCAGUAGAAGAAUUAAACACAGAGAGAUCUGAAACAUCUAUAAAGAUAAUAGAAUUGGAUGAUACUUAUGAAGAGGAAUUUGAAGAACCUGGAAACCUUGUGCCUUACAAGGUUGAAUUAGCUAAUGCAGACAGUCAACUAAGGCAUACAUUUCAUGAUGAUCAGAAGAACAGUUUUCCAUGUGAAAAGGACAGCUAUCAACAUCAUAUUUUCAACAAAGUAAAAACAGACCUCUCAAAGUUUGAUUUGCCACACAACUCUACAUAUUAUAGAGAUAACAUAAAAGAAGGAACUUCAAAUGGAGAUUUUGAAAACAUUGUGCAUCCUGAUUCAUAUUAUCCUGACAUGGAAAAAGUAGGGGAAAGCAGCACUUCUGAAACAAAAUUGAAAGAGAAAAGUAUAAAUAUAGGAAGUAACCGAAAUUUUGAUGAUUCCAACGUAUCACCUGAGAGCAAAAAUUUCUUGCCAACUAUAGAUAAGUCUUUCUUUGAGGAGAAAUUAUCUCAAGAAACCAAAGAAUCUUUGGAAUUUAGUAAUGUGUAUGAGAAGCCAAAUUUUGAAGAUUCUACAUCUAAAGAGUCAUCACUGUUGUUACAAGCAAUAGCCAUCAGAAGUAAACCUAUAACUCAACAAUUUCAAGGACUUGAAAGAUUCUUUACUUUUGAUACAAAUGAAAGAUGCAACUUACUGCCUUCUCAUAGCUUACAGUACAGUUAUUCCUAUACUAGGAUUGCACUUUCAGGAGACCAAGAAUGGAGCCCAGAUAGUAGCCUGAGUACACAUGCUGAUGACACAGUUGCCUUGGGGGUUCUGCAGAGUGUCCAGCACAUAUCACCACGUAUAGAGCAACAGAAAGACCAGAAAUCACAGAGACCUUCAACAGCAAAUUUACCACUUUCCAACCUUAUUAAAAAGAGCUCCAGAUGCCUUUCAUACUCUCCUCCUCAAUCAAGAAGUGCAGCUGCUCUUUCAUUAUCCAGAGCUGCUUCAGAAAUUUCAGAAAGUGACUGUAUUGAUAUGUCCAGCCAAAAUGUGCCUUUUUUAGGUAACAUUGCUCACCAACAAUCCUUAGACAGUUCGGAGAAAGAAUUAAAUAUGCUUAGAAAUCUUGAAGAUCCUUCAGAAAAACUUUACGACCUAACCUCAGAAGAAUUAUCAGCUUUCAACAACCAUUCCCUGAAGAGAAGUCGGAGUUCUUCAGAUUUUUACAAUACUUCACAUGUGAAUGGCCCCUGUGGAUCUGAGUUAAGCUCUUCUGGAGAAGAUACCAAAAUGCAGCCUUCGCUGUCGCUUUCUGAGAGCAGUACAGAUGAGAAAGAAGAUUUGCUUGAUAAGCAACUUGUCAUCACAGCAUCACGGUCAAAGAGUAUUUAAUGAUCACCCGUUCAUUACUUUCCAUUUUGUACUCAGAGUAAAGCAAACAACAUAAAAAAGUAACUGACUACCUGA